GCACGUCUAUCUAUUUAUUUAUACAUUGCAAAUAAAUUUUUUUGCAGUAAGGUUUAGUUCGUAAUUGAUUCAUUUCACUAUGCAAGAUCCAAAUGAGGACACAGAAUGGAAUGAUAUUCUUAGAAAAAAGGGAAUAAUCCCUGAGAAAGAAAAGGAAGUUACGGAAGAUCAAAUAUUGGAUAUUGUGGAAAAUACUGUAAAUGAAAAAACUGGGCGGGCACCUACUGAUUUAGAAGAUAAGACGUUGGACGAAUUAGAUGAAUUAGAAGAUGAAGAAGAUGAAAAGGUACUAUUGGAAUAUCGUCGUAAGAGAAUAGCAGAAUUGAAGGAGUUAGCUGAUAAAUCCAAAUAUGGAGAAAUUAAGGACAUAUCAGCAGAAGAUUAUGUUAAGGAAGUGAAUAAUGCUGGAGAUGAUAUUUGGGUGGUUCUUCAUUUAUAUAAAAAUGGCAUACCACUUUGUACCCUUAUAAAUCAGUACUUAUACAAACUCGCCAAUAAAUUUCCUACAACAAAAUUUUUAAAAAGCAUUUCAACUACUUGCAUUCCGAACUGGCCAGAUGUUAAUCUACCUACAAUUUUUAUCUACCAUAAUGGAAGUAUGGUGAAACAAAUCAUUGGACCAAUGGAAUUUAGAGGCAUGAAACUGACAGAAGCAGAAUUGGAAUGGAUGUUGGGUCAAGCAGGAGCUGUACCAACAAAAAUUACUGAAGAUCCAAAGCCAAAAGUCAGAGAUGUAUUAUUUUCUACACUAAGGCCUCAAAAUGACGAUGUAUCUGAUGAUAAUGAUUGGUAAUUGUAUGUAUGUUAGGUCACUACACAAACCAACCCGACAUUUAAAUAUUGUAAAGCACAGAACAUUUAUUUAUUUUAUCACUGUUAUCAGAUAUACAUCAUCUUUUGUUACUUUGAAAUUUUAUUACACCUCAUAAUCAUUCUACCACAAUAAAGUAUUUUAUUAUCA